AUGGAACUAUCGCUUAGCGGUCGGUACCGAUGCUGGUGCGGCGACAACGUCGGAUACGCCGAGAACGGCCCCGGCGUCUGCGACAUGCCCUGCACCGGCAACACUGAUGAGGUAUGUGGUGGCCAGUAUGCCCUGUCCAUCUACUCGAACGACCCCAACUACCUUGGGUGCUGGAGCGAUCCGUACACGGCGGAAACACGGCUGUUCUCCACCCGGAUCGACGUAUCGGACGACAUGACUACUGCGGUCUGCGACGAUCUCUGCGCAAUUUAUCCGUUGUACGGGACGCAGUAUGGAACUGAGUGCUGGUGCGAUGACGGCACGUCCGAUUACGACCAGAACGGUCCGGCCGUCUGCGACUAUGAGUGCGCUGGAUCCACCGACGGCGAGUUCUGCGGCGGGUUUGACGCUAUUUCCAUACGCUCACACGACGCCAUUGUUAUUGGCAACAACUCCUCCUACGUCGGGUGCUUCUCCGACCCCGCCGACAACCGCAUUUUCGCCCUGGGGGCUUCUUCUGACGACAUGACCGCGGAGUGCUGGUGCGGCAACAACGCCGAGUACGAUGUCAACGGCGUCGGUGUCUGCGACAUGGCCUGCUCUGGCGACUCUAGGGAGGUGUGCGGAGGUUCCUACGCCAUGAGUGUCUACGAGAACGACAACGUCGAGGUGGACCCCUCCUACCGUGGGUGCUUCGCCGACACGGCGGACAACCGCGUUUUCCACCAGACGACGUCUGAUUUCGACUUGACCACAGAGCACUGCGGACUGCUUUGCAGCAUCGAAGGCUUCUCUUUCUACGGCCUGCAAUAUUCGAUUCAGUGCUGGUGCGGUGACCACAACACCGAGUACUCCGCCAACGGCGACGGCGUGUGCGACAUGCCCUGCGGGGGCGACGCCUACGACAUGUGCGGAGGGUUCUACAGCAUGGACAUCUACUCGAUCGACCCGUCGUACCUCGGGUGCUUCUCGGACCUCGCCGACAGCCGCAUUUUCGUGUGGGAGGCUUCCUCCAACGACAUGACUGCAGAGGCGAGUGAUUUGCCGACCAACAGCGUUGGGGUUGGGGGCUGUUUUACACCAGUUGGCUGCCCACCAACCCAUGCGCAAUUUCGGAUGCAAUAGCAAUACCUUGCCGCGGUGUUGCCAGUAAGGGGCGUGCAUGAUUGCUGCUUGCCAGAAAGUCGCGUGGUCAUAACACAGGCAUCACUAGAGCACUGCUAACCCGUCGUGGAACCGCCUCGCCACCACAACGCCCUUAACUUUCAUUUAACUCCGUUUCGACUAGCUCCUUUUCCCUCUUCCUUGAAUGAUCGACUUUUGUCACCGAACGACCAGACCUGCGCAACGCUCUGCGCCGACUCGGCCUUCUAUGGGACGCAGUACUCUCAAGAGGUACGACCUUGUGCAUUGGUGUCCCAACUGUUGUGAUUUCGCGGAUAUUGAUCGAUCGGAUAGUACCGUGCGCUGUAUGUGAGCUUCCAAAGACCACGGCCUCAGCUUUGCUUUGGGUCGAAUCGUCUUGCGACGGUUCACGAUGUCUUACCAUGUCGCUCCGUGAUAGAUCUCGACCAGCUACUUCAUAUGAUAGAGUUAGCCACACGUAUCCUAGUUUGGCUUCCCCAACUGCGAGUGACAUACCUGAGACGUUCGUGUCCGUCGCCGUUUGCUCUUUUAGACACCGGUGAUAUACGUACAACAAUGGUGAGAGGUGGAUGUGAUUUGGUGAGACAAACACCAUGAUAUUACGCGGGUUCGUCUGGUCUUCAAAGUAUCGGAAUCUUCCUUUGCGUGUUGUCUUCGAACGUUCGAACAGCACACACGAUGAGUGGUGCGCACGUUCCCACUCUGCGCUUUUGUCCCUUCGUUAGCCGUUACUUUUGCAUGUACACCCCCAAAAUACCACAGCGCAAUUCACGCACGCUAUGUGUACCAUGUCACACGCCCCUGCCCUCCUCCUGCUGACACCACCACACCCUGACGCUGCCACCUAAAACAGUGCUGGUGCAGUGACAACGCCGACUACGAUGCCAAUGGUUUCGGCGUCUGCGACAUGCCCUGCUUGGGCAACCCCGCCGAGAUUUGCGGUGGCUCGUACGCCAUGUCAGUUCAUCAAACUCUCUGACUGGUCUUCCGCAUGGUUGCUUCAUCAAGGCAACGCCUUCUCCUGGUCAAGGGCACACGACGAACGAAAGCUUUAGAAGAGGACGCACUCUCUUGAUGUGCUCUCGCGUGCCUUCUUUCAGGUACUGCUGACACAUCGGUCGACACCUCACCGGGAAGCGAUCAGGCUAAGCAUUAUAUCAAUCGGAAACGCAAGCAGAAUGACAGUAGAAUACUUUCGGAAAUACUCAACCCCGCAUUGUUACGUGGAGCUUAGCGGACACGCUUGCUUGGCGCCUGCCAUCCCUAGGGUGACAUUGAUGAGGUGCUCAACGUCCAGCAUGGUAUCCUAAGGGGGAUGUGUUUCCGUUUCACGUCCACAACGCGUGGUUUAGUAAACACUCCUUGAUGUAGCAUCACGGAGGUAAGCGCGAUGAGUAGGCGGACAACUGGUUGAGGUACAUGGUUUGAUACUGGAUAUGCAUACGUGCACGCAUUAUGUUGGUAUGAUCUAGUCUAUAUACAUAAUUCUGGGCAAGGGGUGUAGACGGCCUAGGGUACUAGAUAGACAACAGGCAAAGAGGCUAAGAAGACCACCCGGCAAAAGGGUGCAAGCAGAAGUACACUACCGUACGCUUUUCAAUAGCACUGGACGGCGCCCAUGUCACGGAUACACUGACUGAAAGUGUGCACGGGGGAAGGAGAGGGUGAAGAAGCCCAGAGAAAUCGGUUACACGAACCUCAGUCGUCGAGGGUCUGGAUCAAGAGCUUGGUUUCCUGAUAGGACUCGACUUGGGCGUGGGGCAGGUUUGUUUAGGGUGUUGACAAAACAAAAAGGCCUUUUUGUGGUUGGCGGGCCUCGGGACCUGAGAAAAGGUCCACAAGUUUUUUUCGGAAGUGGUGGGAAGGAGAGGACUGACUUCAGUAACCGGGUCCACGCAACAUUAUAGAGACUUGCCAUCUGAGACUGCUGCGUGCAGUACCAGAGGAAAUAGAACCCUCGGCUGCUGUUUGGAGGGAAGUGAGACACAGAAGUGACGGGGAACGAGACAGAGGGUCGAUAGAACAGGGGGGGGGAGUUGUCUGCGGCAAGCGUGCCCUGCCUGAUCGGUAUCUCUCCCCUCGGGGUUUUGAAAAGCAUGUCUAGCGUGCAGACACGGAACCAUUAGCUGCCUGUUGAUGAGUCUGUGUGGGACAGAUCUUUCGUUGGAAUUGUUAAUUCGGUAGAUUAGACGUCACGGGGAGAUCUAACCGCAAGUGAUCUACGGGGUCAUGGCAUUCAACCUGCUGCUGCCGCUACUGCGGCUAGAAGUUGUUCCCUGGUGUUGUGCGUGCACUGGAGUUGUCCAUGUUUGUCCAUGUUUGGGGAAACUCUGUACAUGGGAUAUCGCCUUGGCUUCCAAGCAAACAAGGACUCGAUUACACGGCGGGUCUUCAACACCGUGGGGACUACGUGGGUCACCACACAUAUCUCCACAAACCCCACACCAAAUGAAUAGCUGUGAAGGUCUCUGUCUCAGAAGCAAUCAGAAAUGGACUCUAUCCUUCUGCCAA